GUGGUGGCGCGGCGUGGCGGUGCCUGCUGACCGGAACGGCGCGUGGCCGGCGUGGCCAGGGGACCGCUGGGGCAUCCCUGUCGUCCGCCGGCUUCAGGUGAAGGCACGCCGUCGACCGCCAUCCCGCAGCGCCCCGCCCCGCAGCGCCGCGCCAUGCUGACGCACAAGGACGCCGAGACCGCCGCGGCCAUGGCGGUGACUGACAAAGGGCGCGCCGAGGAGACGCCGGCCUCGUCGGAGGGGGCGGAGGCCCCUCGUCCGUCUCCCAGGGCCGCGGCCGGGGCGGCCGGAGUGCCGUGGCCGUCCGUGGGGUGCCAGUGCCUGUCCGCGGCCGCCCUCAUGUGCCAGACGCUGGCGCAGGGCAUGGCGCAGGGCUGGUCGUCCCCGGGCGUCAGCAAGCUCAUGCACGGCGAGGGCCCGUUCGUCCCCACCGCCGAGGAGCGCACCUGGAUCGUGUCGCUCUUCGAGCUGGGUCUGCUGCCCGGCUCCGUGGUGAGCUGGGCCGUGUUCACGCGCCUGGGCCGGCCCUACACGCUGUCCGUGGCGCCGCUCGCCUUCCUGGUGUGGGUGCUGCUGACGUACUUCGCCUCCUCGGCGGGCCACCUGUACGCGGCGCGGCUGCUGGCCGGCACCGGCAUGGGAGUCAACUUCACCUUCUCGUCCAUCUACCUGGGGGAGAUGGCCACGCCCGUGAUGCGCAGCGUCCUCAUCCUCGUCAUGACGCUGCUCGCACCGUCCGGUCAGCUGCUGGCCUUCGUCAUCGGACCGCAACUCACGUACUGGCAGGAGGCCCUGUCCCCGCUGCCGCUGAUCGCCGCGUCGCUGCUGCUGCAUCUGUUCUGCACGCGCGAGUCGCCCUUCUUCCUGGCCAUGGAGGGCCGCCACGAGGACGCCGAAGCGGUGCUGUUCAAGCUGCGUCGCGGCCACGAACCCGCGGCGGUGCGCGAGGAGAUGGCGAAGAUACGGAGGUCGGUGCAGCGCCAGAUGGAGGAGGCGCAGUCCUGGAGGGACACGCUGUCGCCGCCCGGCGUGAAGCGGGCCGCGCUGAUCGUGAUGGUGCUGAGCGGCUCGCCGGCGCUGUUCGGCGUCACCACGGUGCUGUCCUUCACGCAGAGCAUCUUCGAGGAGGCCGGCGCCCCCAUCCCCAAGGUCGCCUCCAUGCUCGUCAUCGGCGUCAAGGUGGUCAUGAUAGUCGUGUCCAUGUACCUGGUGGAGCGGCUGGGACGGCGCGUACAGCUCAGCGCUACCGCCAUUAUCAACUUCAUCGCCAUGGUGGCCAUGAGCGGCUACUUCUUCGUCAAGGAGCACCUCACCGUGGAUUUGGGGCCCGCCAAGUGGGUGCCGCUGGUCGCGCUCAUGGCCUUCAUGGCCGCCACUGGCGGCGGCGUCAUCCCCGUGUCGCACGUGCUGCAGGGCGAGCUGCUCAGCCAGCGCGCCAAGAUGAUCGUGGCCCCGCUGUCGGCCGUGCUGCUGUCCGCCACGUCCUUCGGCACGCAGCAAGCCUUCGGCGCGCUGGGCAAGAUCGGCGAGUACUUCAUCCCGUUCGGCGUCUUCGCGCUCACCAACCUGUUCAUCGCCGUCUUCACCAUCCUGGUGGUCCCCGAGACGCGCGGCCGCACGCUCGUGCGGGUCCAGGACGAGCUUCGCGAGAGGGCCCUCUCGUCGACCGCCUCGCGCCAGCAGCUCGUGGAGCACGGCCAGCACGAACAAGACCAGGACGGGACGCUCGCGGAGCGCGAACACGCGGCCGGCUCGGCCUGAAGUCGCUCGACCUCCGCGACGAUCUCUCUUUUGAACUGAAAUACAAGGCUCGUGAACGUUUUA